AUGCCUGAUACUCCAGUACUAUCAUACAAGAGACAACCCAAUUCGCGGACCUCUUCUCCGGCUUUGGGGUCUCAGUCGCCUGCUCAAAUUUCCUCACCAAACUUAGCCACUAGAAAGGUGCUGUCUCGAAGAAAGGCACUUCAAGAGUUCUACAAUAUACAGAAGCAGGAGGAGGAAGCAAAGAAACAAGAGGAAGAUCCAGAAUCCAAGCAAGAUGAUGCGAGACAGACAUCUUCAACAAUAGAUAAUGUGGAUUUGGAAGAUCCUAAACAGCUCGAGACAUUUAUCAAAACAUCUAAAAUUGAGGACAUCUUGAAAGUAAGGAAUUCCAUAACAAACAACUUUAACUCGCAUGACCUGGCCAAGAAGUCGAUCAUUUAUGAUAACUACUACGAGCUCAUAAAAUUGAGUCAAACGUUGGGAUCUUUGUCCAACCCUGCGCCCCCAAAGAAGAGUCUCAGAGGAUUGGGUGUUUUUGAAGAAGACAAACCAGAAACCAGUGAAGACUAUGUGGACAGUGUGAUUGGGGAAUUAACUAGAUUUAUAUCUGAAGACACUGCCCAAUUCAGCGGGGACUUCAAAGAAGUGAUUCAAAACUUGAGACAAGACAUUCAAGAAGUCGAUUCAAACACCAGCAUCAUUGGAAUAUCAGAGGAAUACGACAAGACAGAUGCAUAUAAUGCCAUUGACAGAAGUGCAUUUGCUGAAGAAAUUUCCGGUUUACUUGAUGGUAACUAUCAAGACAAAACAGUGGUGCUAGAUCAAAUCCAAAAAUUACUAGAGAAAUUGGAUGUUCACAAGGAUGAAUUAUUGAUAAUUCAACUUAACGAUUUGAGGAAAAAGAUAUCAUAA